AUGCACAAGUCAGAGAUGGAAUACCAUCGACCAUGGACGAACAACGUAAGACGGAAAUCUCUUAUACUUGUAGUUACAUUGGAUGAGAUGGAAAUACUUCAGGCAAGAUUCAAAACGCUUGACAAAAAAAGAUCUGGAAAGUUAAAAUGUUCCGAUUUAUUAAGCUUGGAGGGAGUUCAAGAUAAUCCGUUGGCCUCCAAGAUUAUUUCCUUAUUCGACACGAACCAAGAUGGCCACAUUGAUUUUGCCGAAUUUGUUUCCGGUCUUUCGGCCUUUACCAGGAAAGGCACCCCACUUUCUAAACUAUCAUGUAAGCGCAUCGCAUGGUUUAUCAAAUUAGUUAUCUUUGCCAUUUAUGAUACCAAUAACGAUGGGUACAUCAGCAAUGGGGACCUAUUUUUAGCACUAAGAAUGAUGACUGGAGAGCAGCUUUCAGACGUCCAACUACAACAAAUUGUAGAUAGAACUAUCAGAGAAGUAGAUAGUGACGGAGAUGGUCGCAUUUCGCUUGAAGAGUUUAAAAUAUUCGCUGUCAUGAAAAAUGAAGAUAUCAUUCAGCAGAUCAAGGCAGAGAUUGGAUGA